AAAGCUUAUAAAUAGGCCUAUUUCAGUUUUUAAGUCAUCUACCGUUAUACAAAAUCAAAUAUUAUCCAAUCGUGGAGCGACUUAUUCGUAACGCAAAUGUAAACAAUGAAUGGCGGAUAAGGUAAAGAACAGUCGCCAUGGACAUGGGUUAAAAGAAAAAAUGACGGACCAGACCGAGAUUUGAAACCGGGCCCGUUGAAUCUCUAAUCAGGUGUGCUACCAACUGACCUCUCUGAUGCCGGUAUUUGGACCGGUCUGACCGUAACAUCACACCCUUCGAAUGAUCUUAAAUAUAAUUCGCCCUCCCAAUUAAGGCUCGAGCUCUGUCCCCUAGCAGAAGAUAUAGAUGGAAGCAGUCGGUCGUCCAAAAACAGGUAGGGGUCUUCGAUCCCGCUUAAGACGCCCCCCAUCAAGAGGUGGAAGACAAAUUGAACAACUGAUAAGUGAUGAAGAGGAAAAUGGAAGACCUGCAUCUAGGCGAGGGUUUACACCAGAGACAUAUGAAAGGGAGGAUUACGAUGAAUUUUCUAGACAAAACUUUGUUCUGGAACGGCAGAUGACCCCUGAGUAUGGAACACCACUUGGUCUUAUGUCAGGUCAUAUGUCUCCUCAGCAACACAGAAACUCCCCAGCCUUCAGAGACAGUCCACACUCACAAAGGGGCUACAGACCCCCCAGAGACAGUCCCUUAGUUUACAGUCCAACACAUCAGGAACCCCCACAACAUUCUGGUCGACCUUCAUCAAGAAGGAGAGGGGACAUGAAAGACAAUGGAAGACGCUAUAGCUCCUCUUCUCCUCAACAGGAAGAUUAUCACUAUGGCUCCUCUCCUGCUGAAAUAUGUUAUGGCUCUUCACCAAAUUAUGAACAUGAUGACAAUAGAUACCAGGAUCAAAAUACCCACUUUAAUGAUGGACAAAAAUUGGAUUUACAUCAUAGGAGAAAAUCUCAUGAGAUUGAAGAUAAGAUAUUAAAUAUUGAUGAAUCCUGGCCUUCAACUCCUCGAGAAAAACCUCCAACAGCUCGACCAAAGUCCAGCAGAAAGCGACUUAAAAGCAGUCGAAAGAAAAGAGAGGAGCAUGACCUUCAGCAGUCAUAUUCAGCUGUUGAUACACCAAUACUCAGGCCUCCCUCAUCUCUCUCGAAAUACAAACCUCUCCCUGCUAUUGGGACUACAUCACCAAACACUGAAGAUUCAGAUGAAAUUUCUAGAAAGACACAGAGUAUGUCUCUUGGACUUGGUGAAAGAACUCUUACACGGUAUUCUAUAGACAUUCACAAAAAUGACAGUGCAAGCCCCUCUGAAAAUGGUACGUCAAGAGGAAGUGAUAACCCAGACAAUGUGGAUCAGAUGAAACCAGACAGAAGGGAAAGCAUUGAUAAGCAAUACUCAGACAGAAAACAACAAAAUUAUGAGCACAGGGAUUGUGACAGACAGGUAAUAGAUAUUCUUAACAAAAAUGGACAUACUCUUCAUGAGCUACCUCCAGAGCCUGAUGAAUCUGAACAAAGGAUCUUGUUAGCCUUACGACUACCUGAUGGCUGCAGACAUCAGAGGUUUUUCAGGUUAGAUGAAACAAUGGAUUUGGUGCUAAAAUUUGCUGAAAAUGUGAGUGGAAUGGACUUGUCAGAGUUUAGAUUAGCUUGCAAUGCCCCAAGGACAGUAUUUGCUGAUCUGACACAACUUAUAGGCGAAUCUGGGCUCCAGGAUAGGACUGUUCUUUAUUUAGAAGAAAUGAACUAACCACUAAACACAUUUUGGAUAGUUAUAAAAGAAGGGAAAUUCAUUUCCCAAUUAUUAAUGACUCUUAAAUACAAGAAGCCCAGGUGCCAUAUUACUCACUUGAGUAACAUUGAACAUAACUCUAAUCAGCUGCAGUGUUUGGAAUCAAGAACAGGUUACCCAGUCUAAUUCAAACAAUGGAUUAGUAGCAUGUACAGCCAGAAGCCCUUUACAGUGUCCAUUUAUUUAUAUCUGCUGAUUACAAGUCAUCAGCAUUUUUAUAAUAGAGUAAUUCCAGCUUACACAUUAUUGUUUAAUUCAGUUUAACUAUUUUAUUUGUGCACCUAACGGAAAGGAACAAUUAAUCAGAGAAAAUACAACUGGCAAUUUAAUAAUGUAAAUGACUGCAACAAUAUAGAGAUGAUUGCAUUCAAAAUCAAUGACAGUGAAUCAAUCUGUUGUUUAAUGAUCUUAAUCCAUCUUUAAUUUGACUUCAGUUUUUAAAAAAAUGUGUGUUUUUUUAUCUAUUAAUUUAUGUAUUUGAAAUAGAUAAUAACAUUGAAAAAUCAUCACAUUGUCAAACCUAAUUUACCUUAUGCCUUCCCCCCCCCCCCUCCCCCCUUCCACCCGACUCCACAAAAUAAGGCUGCACUCUUUGAACCAAGUUUUUUAGUCCCAUAAUAUGCAUGUAAUAUAUGAUACUUUUUUUUCUCUUUGAAUAACUUUUGAUUAUAAUAUUUAACAUUAUUUAACAUAAAUGCAUUUUCAUGAAUUUGAAUAAUGUAAAUUUUUACUCAACAAAUUCUCAUAACUGUAACUGGAUACUGUGUUUGAUUAUACAGUUUGGACGUCAAAAAAUUUCAUCAUAUUUCUUUGUUUAGACUGAACUUGAUUCAAGAUGAAUCUGGCAAGAGAGCAGGCAUCUUUCAAGAUUAAUUAGUUGUGGCAAGAUUUCAGAAGGGGAGGGUCAUAACCAUAUUUUUAGUUUUUUGUUUCUGGGUUUUGUUUGUUUGGGUUUUUUAAAAUGGGUUUUUUUUUUCGUUUGGUUAAGGUUCAGUAUGAAGCCUAAUUAAAAGCAUGUUUGAGACUCCCUUUGUAUGGGCUUUGGUACUCAGGUGACCAUUAAGGCCUGUGGCCUCUUGUUAAAACACCAAACCUCAUUUUUUCCUCUUUCUUAUUAUGUCCCCUUUGAUAAGGGACCUGGUCCUUUAUUUGAAGAAACUUGAAAGCUCUUCUUCAAAGGAUGCUUUGUGCCAAGUUUGAUUGAAAAUCGCUCAGUGGUUCUGAAGAAGAUGAAAAUGUGUGAAAGUUUAUAAUGACAACAACGACAGACUACCGACAAAUUUUGAUCAGAAAAGCUGACUUGACCUGUCAGCUCAGGUGAGCUUAAAAUUCAUUUAUGAUAAGGUAUGAAGGUACAUUUAUACAUACAUUUAAUCUUAGUAGUGGAAUAAAUUAUUGCAUGAAAAAAAGAAUCUUAAAGUGAUAAAUUUGAAUUUUGUUAAAAGUGUGGUGGUAAUCAUUUGUUAAAAACUAAGAAAGACUUUGGUAUACAUGUAUAUAAUGUGGAAAUGGUCAGUUUGAUGACGUACAUUAUGUAACUGUCAAAUUUAACAGUCAUCACUGUAGUUAUCACAUUGCAAUUUUCUAUGCCUUAGUUAAAAUAUAGAUAUAUUAUUUGUAGUGUUUUAAAUUUAAAUGCAAGAUACGUGCAUGUGCACUUAACCUUAACUUAUACCUAUUAUCAGUUCAGAUCAUACACUUUAUGGUAAGUUUAAGUACAAUUCAUAUACAAAUGUGAAGUAUAGGUAUUCACUACAAUGCAUAUAAAAUGUUAUUGUUAUGUAUUAAAAACCUUAAAAUAAUUUUUCGGCUUUGAGAAAAGAUUCUGCGAAUUCAAACGUUACUUUUUUGUACUCUUUAUAUGUAUUGAUACAUGUCAUUGUAUAAAGAUGUACUUAUAGUGCUAAGGUAAUGGUUCAGUUAUGUACAUGUUGUUGAAACAAGAGGCCCAUGGGCCACAUCGUUAUUUUGAAUUUUUUAAAUAUAUAAAAUUCUAAAAAUUUUGUAAAACUCUCAUACAUUUCAAGAUUUUACAAAACAUUAACAAUAUAUUAAAAGUAGUCUUCUUUUUUAGCAUCAUACCCAAAAAAGAUCUAAAAUACAUCAUAAAGGUAACAGAAUUGUAAACGAGCUAUUAAUAUUAAAAGUGAAAGAAGGAUACAGGAACUUAAUAUGAGGUUAUGAAGAUAUGAGGAUGCUUACACAGCAAAAUAUUUAAACAUAGAAUUGUAUUUUCUUCAGAAGAUUUUUAAACAUUGUGAUAUACUUGUAUGUUAAACUUUAAACCCCUCUUGGGGCCCAGUGUUGGUCCAGGGUUCACUGUUUGAACUAUUUGGAAUCUACACUAUUUGAGGUUAAUUGCACAGUAAUCUCACAAAUUGAAGCAUUGUAGUUCUCGUCGAGAAUAUUUUUAAACAUUUUCAUUGUACAUUUUUAU